AUGACUCUUCUGGAAAGAAUCGACUCUCCAUCUUCUUCUUCUUCAAGACUUUCCUUGGAGCCACUACAGCAGAGACUUUUGGGCGAAAGAUGCUACUCCCCUGAGCAAGUCACGGCAUUUAGCACCCCUGUAGUCUCGGCCGGUGUUUCUAGACAACACUCUCUGAACAACAUCCAUACACAGCAGAUGAAGCUCACGCCGUCGCUUGCUGCAAGAAACGGCAAGGCUAGCUUUGUUAUGUAA